UUGCACAUCGUAGUGCACAACUGAAACUGUCCGUCUUUGUCUGGUUCUUUCAAGUAUCAAGAAAGUGACAUGGUUUGGCAUCACACACUUAUAAUGUUGAUGCCACAUCAGUCACAAAAAUUCGAAAAUUAUUCCCAAUUAACAAAUAUGUUCCUCUCCUGUACAACUAGAUUGGGGUUUGUCUCUCCUCCACUUACCACUCACAAAGUCACAAUUCUGAGAAUUUUUAUUAAUCAGGUAACCACCUAGUUCAAAACCUCAAUACCCAGUUUCUCGAAAUCCCAGAAGCCAAUCCUUUGAUGCUUCAAAAACCUUGACUUGGGGUUGUUAGAAGCUUAAUUCUCAAGCUUUUGGUCAUUUCAAUGGUGGAAAGUUGGGUGGUUUUAGACCCACAAGUCCGAAACUGAAACUUUCAUCUUUUAAGAUAGUUAAACCCUUUGUUUCCUAUAAAUACAGGUUUAGAAACAUGAAUUUAGGGUGUUAUCAAACCAUUCAGUUCCCUAGAAGCGGGAAGGUGAGGUUUCUGUCUAGUAAUCCGUUGAAAAGCUCACAUUUGAAAGGUAUCCAGGCUGGUAGUGUCAAAUUCAGAAACUUUCAGGUUAGUCAGAGGAGAAAGGACGUUACUAUGAGGUUGAAAUCGAUGUUGAGUGUAGAUAGUGUGGUGGAGAUGGAGGGAAAGGAAGGAGUUAGUACGGAGAGUAAGUAUGAUGCAAUUGUUAUAGGGUCAGGGAUCGGAGGGCUGGUUGCAGCUACACAGCUGGCGGUUAAAGGAGCGAAGGUUUUGGUAUGCGAGAAAUAUGUGAUUCCUGGAGGGAGUUCUGGGUAUUACCAGCGGGAUGGAUAUACUUUUGAUGUAGGAUCUUCUGUGAUGUUUGGAUUCAGUGAUAAGGGCAAUCUGAAUUUGAUUACACAAGCAUUGUCUGCAGUUGGGCGUGAGAUGGAGGUGAUUCCUGAUCCAACUACUGUUCAUUUCCAUCUACCCAAUAACCUUUCUGUUCGAGUACAUCGAGAAUACAGUGAAUUUAUCGAAGAACUUACGAGUAAAUUUCCACAUGAGAAGGAAGGAAUCCUUAAAUUUUAUGGCAAAUGUUGGAAGAUCUUCAAUGCCUUGAACUCGUUGCAAUUGAAGUCACUUGAAGAGCCAAUCUACCUUUUUGGACAGUUCUUUCAGAAGCCUCUUGAAUGUUUGACACUUGCUUACUAUCUGCCCCAAAAUGCUGGAGAUAUUGCUCGAAAGUAUGUAAAGGAUCCCCAGUUGUUGUCUUUCAUAGAUGCAGAGUGUUUCAUAGUGAGCACAGUUAAUGCUUUGCGGACGCCAAUGAUAAAUGCAGGCAUGGUUCUAUGUGACAGGCACUUUGGAGGAAUUAAUUACCCUGUUGGUGGUGUUGGUGGAAUUGCGGAGUCUUUGGCUGAAGGCCUGAUUGAUCAGGGUAGUGAAAUACUUUACAAGGCAAAUGUGACUAACAUCAUACUUGACCAGGGCAAAGCUGUGGGAGUGAGACUUUCAGAUGGAAGGGAGUUCUUCGCCCAAACCAUAAUAUCUAAUGCUACUAGAUGGGAUACAUUUGGGAAGCUGUUAAAAGGAGAAAACCUUCCAAAAGAAGAAGAAAAUUUUCAGAAAAUUUAUGUUAAGGCUCCAUCAUUUCUUUCAAUUCACAUGGGUGUAAAGGCUGAUGUUCUGCCUCCUGAUACGGAUUGUCAUCAUUUUGUGCUUGAGGAUGACUGGACAAGAUUAGAGGAAUCAUAUGGGAGUAUCUUUUUAAGCAUUCCAACCGUUCUUGAUUCAUCAUUGGCUCCAAAAGGACAUCAUAUUCUUCACAUAUUUACAACUUCUUCUAUAGAAGACUGGGAGGGACUUCCGCCAAAGGACUAUGAGGCAAAAAAGGAGCUAAUUGCAAAGGAAAUCAUUGGAAGGUUGGAGAAGAAACUAUUUCCAGGGCUUAAAUCAUCCAUUGUUUUUAAGGAGGUAGGGACCCCCAAGACACACAGACGGUUCUUGGCUCGUGACAUUGGUACUUAUGGACCAAUGCCUCGUCAAAUUCCCAAGGGCUUAUUGGGAAUGCCAUUUAAUACGACAGGUAUAAGUGGUCUUUAUUGUGUUGGUGAUAGCUGCUUUCCAGGACAAGGUGUUAUAGCAGUUGCCUUUUCCGGAGUAAUGUGUGCUCAUCGGGUUGCUGCUGAUAUUGGUCUUGAGAAGAAGUCUCCUAUAUUAGAUACUGCUCUUCUUCGGUUACUUGCUUGGUUAAGGACAUUGGCAUAAGGUAACAUAUCCAAAGAUACGAGACACAACACCAUUAUUUGAUAGACAAGCAUAACUGGACUGCUGAUUGCAGGUUCAGACAAAGAUAUAGUUUUUUUUUUGGGAAAGUGGAAUGCUACUGAAGCUUGGCAAGGUUAUUAUUACAUGAUAAUAUUUGGUGUAUAUAACUUGCAUUGGUAGUUGAUUAUUGGUGGUUCUUUUUUCACCUAGCAGUGACUAUAAAGUUUCUAAUCAUUGGCGUAAUUUCUAACUAUAGCAUAGUAUUAUAUGGUCGAAAAUCUCAAUACGACCAUUCACC